UUUCAUUUUUUCCCCCAAAUCCCCAAAACGUUUCCCUCUCCUCCUCUCCCACGUUGCUCCCUCCCUCCCCUCAUCUUCAGCCGCCGCCAACCUCCAAGCACUGCCGCCACCGAACGCCACCGCCACCACGGUUAAGCCGACCAUCCAAAACCGGUCACGUCACCUGCCGAAAUCCGGCCGACCUCUACCCCGCCGUCACAACGACCGGCGACACCCACCAUCCAAAAACCGGCAAGUCACCAGCUCGAAAAUCCGGCCAAACGCCACCACCGACAAGCCGCCUCCAACGAAUCCACCAACCAAGAUGAUGCUGGAUGACUCAUACAAAUAGCCCCUACGAAUCCUUUCCUUUUUUCCUCCAGACGAAAAUCAGGAUACCCAUCCUUCGCUGAAAGGCAGAAAGGUUUAGCUUCAAUGUAAAAGUGGCACUCCAUAAAAAAAGCUCACCAGUCCCUAGCGAGUGGCGCCAACAUGCGCCACCGCUAGGGUGAAAAUUCUCGACAAACCUAGUUCGACGAGAAGAGAGAGAGAGCGUUUUAGAGAGGAGUCUGCAAAAUAUUCAUAUAUUAGUUUCAAAUAUAAUUUGACGAAGUCAUUAUUCCUACUUAGGACGAUAUAGAGAGAGAUGGGCUGCGUUUUUAGGGCCUCAUGCCUUUCGGGAAGUUUGGUGUCUCCUCCUACAAUCACUCCACCAGAGAAAUGGCCAUUUGUCUUUACAUGUCUAUUGCCACUUAGUCGCAGGCCAUCCCUAUUCCCAUUCCUUGCCAGCACUACCACCAUGGCUCGUGUUCAUGGGCUGCCUUGUAAAAACCAACAAAUUCAUAAUUUGGAAAAAAUCAGAGGAGACCCUUUACCUUUUCAUCCUCUGUUCCUUCCUCUGCCGCUGGUUGGUGGCAGCAGUGGUGGCGACAACAACAACAACAAUGGUGGUUGGGAUAACCCUUUCGAUUCUGAAGGUUCUUGGUGGUGGAAUGAUGAUUCUUCUGGUCCUCAUAACCCCUUUCUUGUAUUCUUGUUAUUUUGUUCCUCCAUGUUAUUCUGCUUCUGCCACUUGCAAUUGGCCAAAUCUGCUCUUGCAAGAACUACUACUACUACUAGUAGUGCUUCUACAUCUCUGGGAGAAUCAGAGUCAUUGGAGUCAUUGUCUGUUUGGGAAGUGAGGGGAGGCAAGUGGACCAAGCUUAUUGCUGAUUGUUUUAA